AUAUUCAAUCUUACAAAAAUACUAUUAAUAAUAGUUCCUGUGUUAAUAUCAGUCGCCUACCUAACUCUCGCAGAAAGGAAAGUUUUGGGUUAUAUGCAAGCAAGAAAAGGCCCUAAUAUAGUUGGAAUAUAUGGUUUACUACAACCUUUGGCUGAUGGAGUAAAAUUAUUUACUAAAGAAAUGACUAUUCCUAACCAUUCUAAUAUAGUUAUUUAUUUUAUUUCUCCCAUUCUUUUCCUUACUUUGGCUUUGGUUUUAUGGGGAGUUUUACCUUAUUCUACUAAUGCUUCUUUUAGUGAAAUAGAAUUAGGGUUACUAUUCAUAUUAGCAGUCUCAUCUGUUAGUGUUUAUGCGGUAUUAAUGUCUGGCUGAUCUAGUACAUCUAAAUAUGCUUAUUUAGGUGCCUUAAGAGCAGCCGCUCAAAUGAUAAGUUAUGAGGUAUCAAUGGGCUUAAUAGUAAUAUCCGUUAUUUUAUGUGUAGGUUCUUUAAAUUUGUCUACAAUCUCUUGAUUUCAAAUUAAUUCAACUUUUUUGUUACUACCUUUAUUACCAGCAGCAAUAAUGUUUUUAGUUUCUUUGGUUGCUGAAACAAAUAGAGCACCCUUUGAUUUGACCGAAGGAGAAUCUGAACUAGUUUCUGGUUACAAUGUAGAGUACUCUUCAAUGUCUUUUGCUCUUUUAUUUCUUGCAGAGUAUGCAAAUAUAAUAUUUAUGUCUGCUUUAUUUUCAUUAAUGUUUUUAGGAGGGUGGGAUGGCCCUAUAAUUAGCUCAGUGAUUUGAUUAGGAAUUAAAACAGCUUUUGUUGCCAUGUUUUUUAUUUGGAUAAGAGCUUCCUUCCCUAGAAUUAGAUAUGAUCAAUUAAUGAUGUUAUUAUGAAAAUCUUAUUUACCUUUAAGCCUAGGUUUCUUAAUAACCACUGCUAGCCUAUUGUGAUGCCUUAAUGGUUUACCUAAUCUAUAA